AUGUCCAACCUCUUCACACCCCUCAGAAUCGGAACAAUGCCUCUAACUCACCGUUUCGCCAUGGCCCCCAUGAGCCGGUACCGCGCCGACGACAGCCACAUCCCCACGCCCGCCAUGGCCACCCACUACAGCCAGCGCGCCUGCGUCCCAGGGACACUGCUCAUCGCCGAAGCAUCGUUCAUCUCGGCGGGCCAAAUUGGUUUCAAUAAUGGACCGGGGAUAUACAAUGAAGAGCAGGUAGCUGCGUGGAGGAAGGUCACGGAUGCAGUGCAUGCGCAGGGGAGUUUUAUUGUCUGUCAGCUUCUUGCGGCUGGACGGGCUGUUGAUCCUGCAAUUGUUCCUAAAGAAGGGGUGGAGGUUCUGAGUUCGAGUGCGAUUGCUCAAGAUGCCGAGCAUCUCGUUCCGAGGGCGAUGACGAUUGAUGAGAUCCAGCGGACUGUGAACAAGUUCGCCGCCGCCGCGAAGAAUGCGAUCCGUGCCGGCUUCGACGCCGUCGAGAUCCAUGGGGCGUAUGGGUAUCUGGUGGAUCAGUUCCUGCAGGAUACGUGCAAUGUCCGGGACGAUGCCUAUGGUGGCUCUGUUGAGAAUCGGUCUCGGUUCGCGGUUGAAGUUGUUCGAGCUGUUGCGCGCGCCGUCGGGCCUGAGAGGACGGCACUGAGGCUUAGUCCCUGGAGUCGCGUGCAGGGGAUGCGCAUGGCUGACCCCAUUCCGCAGUUCUCGCAUGUCAUACGGGAAGUCGCGGCUCUGGGCCCCUUGGCGUAUUUGCAUCUCGUUAACUCGCGCGUGCACGGGUUCGUGGAUGUGGACUCGCCCGUUGAGGAAGGGUUAGACUUUGCCUUUAAGCUAUGGGAUGGCCCCAUCCUCGUUGCUGGCGGGUACGAUGCCGAGUCCGCGAAAAGAUUCCUUGAUGAGGAAGUUGGUCGGAGGAAGAACGUCGUGGUUGUCAUUGGGAGGCCGUUUACCUCGAACCCGGAUCUGGUUUUCAGGAUUAGGGAGGGGAUUCCAUUGACGCCGUAUCGGAGGGAGUGGUUUUAUACCCCGAGGGCAUUGGAGGGAUUUGCGGAUUUUCCGUUUAGUGAUGAAUUUUUGCAGAAGAAGGGGGGUGGUUUCUAG